AUUCAGUUUCCAACCUGAAGAGAAACAACAUGUACGCCAAGCUCAUCAUCGUUCUGUGUGCCGUGAGUGCAGCUUGCGCUGGCGGUCUCUUGGAGACUCCCGUGGAGUACAGCAGCCAUGCCUUCGCCGCCCCCGCCGUGGCCACGUACGCCGCGCCUGCUGUAGUAGCCAAAACCAUCGCACCCGCCAUCUCUUAUUCAUCCUUUUCCACCCACACCUCCCCUAUCGCCUACUCCGCCGCUCCAGUAGCCACCUACGCCGCUGCCCCAGUGGCAACUUACGCCGCCGCCCCUGUGGUCGCUAAAACCUAUGCCGCCCCCGCUGUGACUACUUACGCUGCCUCUCCCGUGGUCGCCAAAACCUAUGCCACCCCUGCCGUGGCUACUUACGCCUCUGCUCCCGCCGUCGUGACCAAAACUAUCGCGCCAGCAGUGUCUUCCGUCUCCUCUUAUUCUUCCACCACCUCUCAUGGUUCCCCCAUCACCUAUGCUGCUGCACCAGUGGUAGCUAAGACUUACGCCGCCCCGGCUGUGGCCACUUACGCAGCUCCCGCUGUUGCGUCGUACUCCGCUCCUCUGGUUACCAAAUCUUACGCCGCCCCCGCAGUAGCGACUUACGCCGCAGCCGCCCCCGCUUACACUUCAUACGCCGCGGCCGCUCCCGUCCUAAAAACAGGUCUCGCGUACUCCGCAGCGCCCUCUGUCGCUCAUGUCUCCUACAGUGGUCUUGGCGCCAACUAUGGUUGGUAAACUGGAUCUAGUCUAAACAUGUGAUAUUAAUAAGAUUAAACACUAUUUAUGUAUACAAAUAAAACAGAAUUUUAUUUUAAUUUUACCCUUUUAUGAAAAACCUUGUAAUAAUGUUUCCCAACAUUCCUUGAAAUUGAAAUUAAUACAAAUAGCACACUAGUUUCGAAGUGUCGCCAUCUUUAUGGUCCCUGAUUCGAUUCCCGAUCGGGUCAAUAUCAAAGUUAAACUUUUAAUUUUAUGCUUAUUACAAAUAAUAACAUUUUUUUAUGCAAUGAGCCUUUGAACUACAUAAUUGAACAAAGUCGUAGUCUAGAGCGAGGGUUCAUUGAAAGACUGAAGUUUCGUUACACCAUUUAUUUUAUGGUAACAGUCCAAAGCCUUAUGUUAAAAAUCACAAAUGUAUAUAUAAAUCCUCAAUAAUACAAUUCAAAAUGGCAGUACGA